UUCAAAAAAGUUUCAACGCAUCAAAAGGAAAAAAUUUUUGAAGCUGGAAAUUUCUUGGGAGAUUGUUGCAGAUUGCAAGGUGGAAGAUUAAUGUAGGAAAUUUUCGAAAAGGUGGAACUUUGGAUUCUUUCAAAUCACAUAAGACUUGCGGAUAGAGAAACAAACUUUGAAAGGAUCUUGUCCAUUCAAGACGAUUCGAGUUCUUAAGGAAGCCUGGAAGUGUUUGAAGAUAUAUAAUAUUGAAUGAGAAUACAAAUCAAAAGAUUUGAUCUAUAACUUCAUUCAAUUGGAAUAAAUUGAUUGUUUUCAAUAAACAAGAGGUCAAAAUGGUGGCAUCUCAGGUAGCUGCUGUCUUAUCCAACUUACAAACAUUAUAUUCAGACCAUGCCUCUGUGGUCUCCAUGAACCUAUUUGUCGCGCUUCUUUGCACUUCCAUUGUGAUCAGUCAUCUUUUGGAGGAGAAUCGAUGGAUGAAUGGAUCGAUUACUGCCCUUAUUAUUGGUCUUCUUACUGGGGUCAUUAUCUUGUUGGCAAGUGGGGGUAAAAGCUCACGUCUUUUAGUCUUCAGUCAAGAUCUCUUCUUUAUUUAUCUUCUCCCCCCUAUUAUAUUCAAUGCUGGGUUUUCUGUGAAAAAGAAGCAAUUUUUCCGUAACUUUAUUACCAUCAUGCUAUUUGGUGCUGUUGGUACAUUAAUAUCUUGUACAAUAAUAUCUAUAGGUGUUAUUAAGUUCUUUAAGGAAAUGGACAUUGGGUCAUUGGAUGUGGGAGGUUUUAUAGCAAUUGGUGCAAUCUUUGCUGCAACAGAUUCUGUUUGCACACUGCAGGUUCUUAAUCAGGAUGAGACUCCAUUGCUCUACAGUCUGGUUUUUGGGGAGGGUGUUGUAAAUGAUGCAACAUCAGUGGUGCUUUUCAAUGCAAUCCAGAGUUUUGACCUCACUAAUACGAGUCCUGGAAUUGCUUUGCAUUUUAUUGGAAAGUUUUUUUAUUUAUUUUCAGCAAGCACUCUGCUAGGAGUGGUUGUUGGACUGGUAAGUGCUUAUAUCAUCAAAACGUUAUACUUUGGAAGGCACUCAACAGAUCGAGAGUUUGCUCUUAUGAUGCUCAUGGCAUACCUUUCAUAUAUUAUGGCUGAACUGUUCUAUUUGAGUGGCAUUCUCACCGUGUUUUUUUGUGGGAUUGUGAUGUCGCAUUAUACGUGGCACAAUGUUACUGAGAGUUCACGAGUAACUUCCAAGCAUGCUUUUGCUACCCUGUCAUUUGUUGCUGAGAUUUUUAUUUUUCUCUAUGUUGGAAUGGAUGCCUUGGGCAUUGAGACAUGGAGCUUUGUAAAUGAUAGACCUGGAGCAUCAAUCAUGGUUAGUUCCGUACUGCUUUUGCUGGUUAUGGCCGGAAGAGCAGCUUUUGUGUUUCCCCUGUCAUUUUUAACCAACUUGGCCAAAAAAUCACCUAGUGAAAAGAUCAGUUUUAGGGAACAAAUCAUAAUAUGGUGGUCUGGUCUCAUGAGAGGUGCUGUAUCUAUGGCACUUGCAUAUAAUCAGUUUACAAAGGGAGGGCACACUCAAUCGCGAUUGGAUGCCAUUAUGAUUACAAGCACUAUCACCGUCGUUCUUUUUAGCACUGUGGUUUUUGGACUAUUAACUAAACCUUUAAUAAGGUUCUUGAUACCUCAUCCCAAAGUAACAACAAGCAUGCGCUCCGGGCAGUCUUCUCCAAAAUCGGCUACAACGCCGUUUCUCGGGGACUCCUUUGAUGAUAGUCCAAAGGGAGGUCAGCGGCCAAGCAGCAUCCGCGCACUUCUUACGACUCCAACACACACCGUUCAUCACUACUGGCGCAAAUUUGAUAACGCCUUCAUGCGGCCCAUGUUUGGUGGCCGGGGUUUCGUUCCGUUCGUUCCCGGCUCCCCAACCAAAAGGAGUGAACAUUAAUCUAUCUCAAUUACUCUGAGAGACUGCUGCGACAAUUCGGCUACUAUGCUCCGGAGUUGAUCUCAAACACGCCAACAUCUUGUAUUCUUGUAUAGGGUGAGCCAGAAGCUUGAACCGUAACGGUUUUUGUUAUGUAUCAUAUAAGGUUAAUUUUGUUAAGGCUA